GUUUCUCUCUGCAGUGUGUCGGAGCUCGCAGGUGGAAGUGCAGAGUGCAGUCAGGCCCCAGACACACAGUGUGAGCUCUUCAUGGGGGUUUGAGUGGAUGUGUGAGCUCUUCAUGGGGGUUUGAGUGGAUGAGGGCGUUAAAGAGGUGACCAGUGAACUGAGGCUAUCCUACAGCAUGACCAAUCAGCAGGAACCUGUUAAUUCAGGCCAUGCCGUGUUUGACAGCUUUGUGCUCGCUCAGACGUGCAAAGAGGUGCAGCAGAAUUUCAGUGAGCUCUGUCGCCACCUAAAGUUAGAUGCCCAAGACUAUCGGCACUUUUACAGCAAGCUGAAGGAGAAGCUGAACUACUGGAAAGCAAAGGAACUCUGGCAGAAGAUUGACAAGAGGGCAUCACACCCAGACUAUGACCACGGCAAACCCUGCGCCAAGACCAAGUGUUUAGUCCUGGGAGGAGGCCCAUGUGGCUUGAGGACGGCCAUAGAGUUGGCUCUGCUCGGUGCGCAGGUGGUCUUGUUAGAAAAGAGAACCUCAUUCUCCAGGAACAAUGUCCUGCAUCUGUGGCCGUACACAAUCCGAGAUUUACGCAAUCUUGGUGCAAAGAAGUUUUAUGGCAAAUUCUGCUCUGGUUCUCUUGACCACAUCAGUAUCCGCCAGUUGCAGUUAAUUUUGUUGAAGCUGGCUCUGCUCUUGGGGGUCGAGGUUCACACUGGAGUGACCUACAAUGGUUUGGUUGAACCCCAAGCAUCAGGAUCAGGCUGGAGGGCUUUGUUGCAUCCUGAGGCUCAUCCUGCUUCUUCGUAUCAGUUUGACGUUUUCAUCUCAGCAGGAGGAGGAAGAUUUGUACCUGAUGGGUUUAAGAGGAAGGAGCUGAGAGGGAAACUGGCCAUCGGUAUCACAGCUAACUUCGUUAACCACCGCACCGCAGCUGAGGCUCAGGUGCCGGAGAUCAGCGGCGUGGCACGCAUUUACAACCAGAAGUUCUUUCAGGAGCUUCACACAGAGAUGGGUAUUGAUCUGGAGAACAUCGUCUACUACAAAGAUGACACUCACUACUUUGUCAUGACUGCCAAGAAAAACAGUCUGCUGAAGAAAGGGGUCAUCAAACAAGAUUAUGCUAAUGCGGAUCAGCUGUUAGCACUUGAUAACGUUAAUGAUGAGGCUUUACUGAGCUACGCGCAUGACGCUGCUGCGUUUUCAACGGGUCACAAACUUCCUGACCUUGAAUUCGCAAGGAAUCACAAGGGAGAGGCGGAUGUAGCCAUGUUUGACUUCACGUGCAUGCACCGUGCUGAGAACUCCUCGAUGGUGAUGGAGCGCAGAGGCAAGAAACUCCUCAUUGGCCUGGUGGGAGACUGUCUGGUGGAGCCCUUUUGGCCCUUGGGGACCGGAAUCGCCCGAGGUUUCCUGGCUGCUUUUGACGCUGCGUGGAUGGUGAGGAGCUGGGGAAAAGGAACACCACAUAUACAGGUUCUGGCAGAGAGGGAAAGUGUGUAUCAGUUACUGUCACAGACGACUCCUGAGAACACGAGCAAGAAUUAUUCUGCCUACAGCAUUGACCCGAACACCCGUUACCCCAAUGUGAACGUGUCCUCCAUAAAACCUACACAAGUGCAGCAUCUGUAUAAUGUCGAGGACCACUCGGAUACCAACAAAUUCAGCCAAAAGAAAAAACUUCCAUUAUGUAAUAAAUAUCAAGCUUCUCUGCGACGUGUGGCAGAUCUGCUGAGCUGGUGUCAGAAACACACGGCCUGGUGUGACCGGGUCAAGGUGAAAGACCUGAGUCAGUCAUGGAGAUCUGGCCUGGCACUCUGCGCCCUGAUCCAACGCUUCAGACCCAAACUCAUAGACGUUUCCACUCUGGACGAAAAUAAUGCCACAUACAACAACCAGAUGGCCUUUGACAUUCUCCAGAAGGAGUUUGGCAUUGCACCCAUCAUGUCUGCCAGGGACUUUGCCUCUAGAAAGGAGAUUGAUCAGCUGUCUGUGGUGCUCUACCUCACUCAAGUCCACAAUGCUUUCACUGAGACUCCCAAACCAGCAGAGCAGGCCAGCUUGAAGUCUCUUUCCUUGGCUAAAACACGCUCCGCUGUCUUUUUCCUGAACAAGCUCAAGCACAACUCCCUCCAGAGACGCAAGGAGCGUCUGGCUGCCGAGAGAGAAGAAAAGGACAGAGAUAUGAGGGAGGAAGAGAAAAAGAAAGAUCCUGUGCCCUCAGUGCCCACAGUGCCAAUGGGGGACGUCGGGAGCAGCGAGCUGUGUUACUUCUGCAGUCAGCAGCUCUACGUGCUGGAAAGGGGCAGCGCUGAGGGCAAGUUCUUCCACCGCAGUUGUUUCACAUGCCAGCAAUGUGGUACCACACUGCGCCAGGGAGGAUACACCUUCUACGCCGACACCGGGAGGUUUUACUGUGAGCAGCACUCAGAGCCGAUAAAGGAGAAGAGAGAAUCAGAUCCGUGUGCAGGUGUAGAGGAUGGAAAGAGGACACAGGGCAGUCAUAAUGAGCAGAGUGAGGAUCAGACCGGGAAAAAUGAAGGGAGCGUGUUAAAUGUGACUCCUGUGAUGUGUCGCUCUGUAAAAAGAAAAGGCUCCUAUAAAAUAUCUAUCGAUCCAGACUGUGAUGAAACCACAGAGUCCAGCACGUUCACACAGCAUGAGGACCAGCUGGUACUGAGUGGUGCCAAAGGCACCAAUAAGCCUGGCAUACCUACAGAAUUGGGUCCGGUAAGCCAGGCACAGUCACAGGACAAUGAUGUCCAAAAAGGUGAGGAGUCUUCCUGUCCUGUCACCGUUCCAGUGCCAGCGCCACGUAGUUCUCGAGUGCCCAUCCCGAAACCCCGCACCGUCCACAACAUAGUGUACCCACCCACUGAAACCGAGGAGAACCAAGGUCCAGAUCUCACUACCUCCAUAUCAGUGCCAGUAACCGUUCCUGAAGAUGAUGAGGCAUCUCAAACUCCUGCUCAGACAGAAAGUGGCCAAAAAAUGGCGAGCGACUCCAAAUCCAAGCUAUCACUUAAGAAGCUCCAGUUGACAGCCGAGGAAAAAACACAGCUGAUGGACUUUACGUUCAGUCAGGACUCAGACUCGGAGACACCGGCGUCCUCGUCGUCUACGUCCUCAUCAUCCAGGCCACAGGACGGAGGAGGAGCCGAGGAGGAGGGCUACUCGAGCGGGGGAGCGUCGUGGGGCCACGUUCGACAGAAAAAAUUUCGCCGGGGUUUGAGAAGGAAAGAGGAGGUACAGCGUGAAUAUCAACAUCAACAGGGCAGAAUCCGAUCCAAGUUCUCACCCUGGAACCUGUCUUCACCACGGCUGCGGCACCGCUUUAGUGUGCUACGGAACCAUCCUUCAGCACUGAGUCAGGCAGAUUCAGAGGAUGAGGUUGACUGCGGUGAUGAAGAUGAUGAUGAUGAUGACAACGAGAAUGAAGAGGAUCUUACUCUGGAGCAUUUUAUGGAUGGCCAGGCUGUACCACUGAACCUGUCUAAAUCAGAGAAACAGGACCUGAUGAAGAUGAGGACUCUGGAGCGAAGGGCGAAGAUGAGUGAACUUCAGCGCUUGCGUCAAGCUCAGUCUAUCCAGAGGAGGCUGGAGGAGAUUGAGGUGACCUUUAAAGAUCUGGAGGAGAAGGGAGUGGUGUUGGAGAGAUCCCUCAGAAGACAGGCUGGUAUAGAUGCCUCAACAGCCAUGAUUGACCAAUGGAUCGACUUGGUCCAGCAGAAGAAUGCUCUGGUUUCAGAGGAAUCUGAUCUCAUGGUGGCAUCACGCCAGCUGGAACUGGAGGACAAGCAGAGCAUGCUGGAGCUGGAGCUACGUGGCUAUAUAGACAUAAACGAUUCUGAGAAGACUGCAGAUCAGCAGGCAGAGGAGGAUCAGAUCCUACAGCAGAUGCUGGAGGUGGUGGACACGAGGAAUUCUCUUGUGGCCUUCCUGGAGGAGAAAAGGCUAAAAGAGAUGGAGGAGGAACACCUGAGCUCCUCACUGGUAGAGAACAAGAGACUGUCUACUGCUGGAGCUCAGGUACACUGGGCAUGAAAGAACAGCACACUCACGCGUACAUAGAGACUGCUGUCACAAUGUUCUGCCCUUCCGCUUUUACAUCUCAAACCAAAGACUUAAAAGUAUACGUGCUUAUGACUUGUUACUGUGUGCACUUGGACACGCUCAGGAUCCAUGGCUGGAGAUUCAGGAGGGAGUAUGUAGAGGGGUUUAAACUAUCAAAUCAAAUACGGAGGCUACCCAUGAAAGACACCUGAGAUUAUUUCAGAACAUUAUGGAACUUUUAUUCCAUAUAAGCACCCAAGCCUUCACUGCCCAGUCACAGUAUAGAGAGACCAGUGGAAGCCCCAUAAUGUAGCUAGAAUACCACUAUUAUCACCACCAUCACCCCCCCCCCCCCCCCCCCCACACACACACACACACACACACACACACACAUGCAGAGUAUGUACCACACACUGUAUCAGACAGUGAAACUGGACGAUUGCAUCAUGAUGUUGUAAUUAUCACAAAUGGUUAGAAUGUGUAUAAAUCUAUUCUCUCAUAUUUAUCCAGCUGUCCAGCACUUAGCACAUAGCUUAUUCUGAAAGCUAAAUGUUCAUAGUGUCAUUAUAAAACUAAUUUAUAAUGUGUCAUUUUUAGAAAUGGUAUUUCAGUCCUUUUGCUGCUGCUUAUUGAUGACAUGCCAUAAUCUGAAAUGUCAAUGCAAAAGCUGUAUUUAAAAAAAAAAAAUUAUUCAAAAUCCAAAUAUUAUUUCUGAAUGUAUUUGAUACAUUUGACACGUUCAGUACAUAUUUACAUUCUAUUUUCUAUGCUUUCUUCUUUUUUCAGCUUCCUUUUCCAUAUUCUCAUUUUUCAUAAUCAUGUCCUUUUCAAUCCUCUCUUUUCUUUAUUAUUAUUAUUUCUUCUUCCAUGGAAACACGUUGUAAAUGAGUUGCUGUUGAAACUCAGGGUUUCUGCUCUGAGUGCCAUGAACUAACAGCUGUACCGUAUUUUCAUCUGAAUGGAAUGGUAGUUGUGUUGCUUCUGUGCGUUGCAGUCAGUAAUGUACGACUCCUAGUUGAUCCAGUUGUACAAUGGUCCGAUGUGGAACUGUUAGACUUGCUUUAUUUUUGGUUUUCUUUAUCAUUUUUUUUUUCAACCAUGAUGGAAUUCACACAAUAAAUACAGUAUAUAAAUCACA